GGAAAAGUGACAAAAAAAUGCUUCUUAUGAGAAAAAAAUUAUUUCUCGAUCAGUAAUUGGGUGAAAGUGUGACUUUUCACGCAGAAUUGGUUAAGGAAUCACAUCUAAAAUACGGUGCUCAAGGAAAAUUUAUCCAAAUGCUUGUGAUUCCUGUUAAAUUAUUUCUUUUGAGUCUCCUUCUGCAGAACAUCUGCAGUUCACAAUUGGAAAAUGAAUCGUGCACAAAGGAUGAUAAAGUGAUAAAAUGUGAUAAGAAAGAUAAAUCAAUCUAUUUGAGAGAUACCGCACUUGCAGGUAAUUCAGAAAAUGUCCUUGUCUUCACGGUGGCUUCUGAGCCAGUGGAAGGAUAUGUACGUUACAUUAGAUCUGCAACUUUUUACGGGAUUGACGUACAAACACUGGGCAUGGGGGAGAAAUGGCAGGGCGGUGAUAUGAAAUCCACUGGAGGUGGCUACAAAGUAAAUCUCCUUCGUAAAGCCCUGGAACCCUACAAGAAGGACAAGGAGAAGAUUGUGAUAUUCACAGAUAGCUAUGACGUCAUAUUCACUGCCCCUAUUGGCGUUAUUCUGAGCAAAUUCAACAAAAUGGACGCACGAAUUGUCUUUGGAGCUGAACACUCAAUCUGGCCAGAUGCAUCACUCCGGGAAUUGUACCCCAAAGUAAGCCAUGGAGCACGAUUCCUCAAUUCAGGUGCAUUUAUGGGCUAUGCUUCUGACCUGUAUGACAUGCUGAGCACUCCUCUGGACAAUACGGAUGACGAUCAAUUGUACUACACAAAGAUUUUCCUGAAUGAAGAAUUUCGGGAGAAGCAUAAAAUGAAAUUAGAUAAUAGAGCUGAGAUCUUCCAAAAUCUCUUUGGGGCUGAGAAAGAUGUGGAAUUGCAUUUUGACACUGAAUCCGGUGAGGCAUUUGUUGGCAAUGUGGACACUGAGACAGUUCCCACAAUUAUCCAUGGGAAUGGAUUGAGCAAACAACGCCUCAAUAGCCUUGGCAAUUACUUAGCUGGAGCCUUCAUGAAUGGUGAAUGCAAAGAUUGCACGGAGAACCUAAAAGAGCUAAAUGAGAAGGAACUUCCGGUCGUUUCGAUGGCUGUUUUUAUCGAGAAGGCCAUGCCUUUCUUCCGAGAAUUCCUUGAGCAUUUAGAAAAUAUUGACUAUCCAAAGAAUAAAAUAGAUAUAUUCCUGCACAACAAUGUCAAGUACCACGAGGAGGAAAUAACGAAAUUUAUUACAAAGCAAAGCAAUAAUUUUAAGAGUGUUAAGCAAAUUCUAGUCGAAGAUAGCAUAAAUGAGGGCACCGCAAGAAAUCUGGCAAUACAACAAGCAAUUCUGAAAGAGAGCGAUUAUCUCUUUGUCGUGGAUUCUGAGGCACACAUUGAUGACCCAAAAACUCUCCGGAAAUUAAUUACUAAAAAUCGAGACGUAAUUGCGCCAAUGAUAACGAGACCAAAUGAUGCUUGGAGCAACUUCUGGGGCGCUUUGAGUGAACAAGGCUAUUACGCAAGAUCCCAUGAUUAUUUGGACAUUGUCAACAAUAAGAAAAGGGGAAUUUGGAAUGUACCAUACAUUUCAUCAUGCUACCUGGUAAAGAAGAAAGUUCUAAAGAAGCUCUCCUAUGUGCACGAGUCCUAUGACCCUGAUAUGGCUAUGUGUCAUCAUCUACGCACCAAUAAUAUCUUCAUGCACGUGGACAAUCUCGAAGACUACGGGCAUCUCGUAAAUGGAGAUCAAUUCAAUGUACGCAACACGCGACCUGACUUCUACAUGCUCCUAUCGAAUCAACGAGACUGGGAACGAAGAUACAUUCAUCCUGAUUAUGCUAAGCAUUUGGAACCUAAUGCCAAUCGUACGCAACCCUGCCCUGAUGUCUAUUGGUUCCCAAUUGCCACGGAAGAAUUCUGCAAUGAUCUCGUCGCGAUUAUGGAGAACUUUGGCCGUUGGUCUGAUGGAAGUAAUCAGGAUAAACGUCUAGAAGGUGGCUACGAAGCUGUUCCCACCCGGGAUAUUCACAUGAAUCAAGUGGGGCUAGAGAAGAUGUGGUUGAAGUUCCUACAUCUCUACGUUAGACCUCUCCAGGAGGCUGUUUUCAUCGGUUACUUCCACGAUCCACCAAAGUCCCUCAUGAACUUUGUGGUGCGCUAUCGACCUGAUGAACAACCUUUCCUGCGUCCUCAUCACGACUCAUCCACCUACACCAUCAAUAUCGCUCUAAAUCGCGUUGGAAUUGACUACACCGGCGGUGGGUGCCGUUUCCUGCGCUACAAUUGUUCCGUUGAGGCCACCAAGAUGGGCUGGAUGCUCAUGCAUCCCGGAAGAUUGACACACUUCCACGAGGGACUCCGUACAACAUCCGGCACCAGAUACAUCAUGAUUUCCUUCGUUGAUCCGUAGUAUCCAACGUGCAUUAAAACGCUGCUCUCUACAUUUUUUAUAGUCAAUUUUCUCUCGAACAAAUGGAUGUUCUGUCCUUGAAUAUAACUUUUUCUACCAAACUACUUAAAAAAAAUUAAGUAUCCCCUUUUUGUAAUUUGUUUUAUUAUAAACGAUCUACGUACAAAUACGA